AUGAAGGCCAAAAACCUGGCUCUGUCCGACCACCUACCGAGCGCAUACAACAAUAGUGUAUAUCGAGAUGAAUCGGAAGAUUCUCAUGAGAAUCCCGUAGCAUCAAGCAGCAGAUCAAGGGGAACCGAGUAUGCCUACAAUGGCCACCCACCAGCGUACGAGUAUGGAUUUUCGGAUAAAUUCUUGUAUUGUGACUGUGGAAGGAGUUUUUAUUCGAACUACAGUUUCAGGUGCAAUAAUGAAUCACAUGGCCCGUCGUACGCAUCAUAUGACUUAGAACACUUUCUGCGUCUACUCAAUGGCCUUUGUCAAUCCAAGUACCUUAACAUACUCAUUCUUGGAGAAACCGGCGUCGGCAAAUCGACCUUCAUCAAUGCUUUGAUCAAUUACCUUGAGUUUGAAACACUCGAUGAAGCGAUUGGUUUUGAUAAACUAAACUACGUGAUUCCUUGUUCAUUCUCGACACAGGUCAUGGACAGAGACAAUCCUAGUCAACCUAUCCAAGAAAGACGAAUCAAGGUCGGCUCGAGAGAUGAUGAAAAGGAUGGCUCGAAAGGCGAGUCGGCGACACAGCGCACACAAGUCUAUCCUGUUACAUUUAACAUGGACAAUUCUGCACUCACCGUUCGUCUUAUUGACACCCCAGGUAUGGGCGACACUCGCGGAGUUGGUUUUGACAGAAAAAACAUGGCUGAUAUUCUGUCGACAUUGAGCGGAUAUGAUGAGCUUCACGGCAUUCUUAUUUUGUUGAAGUCGAACUCUGCUCGCUUAACUAUCAGUUUUAGUUACUGUAUCAAAGAGCUUCUCACACAUCUUCAUCAUAAAGCAGCCAAAAACAUGGCAUUUGGGUUCACAAAUACCCGAAUAUCCAAUUACACACCCGGGGACACAUACGGACCACUGAAGGCGUUACUUCAACAACACCCAGAUAUGGGUCUGAGCUUGUCGACACCCACCACAUACUGCUUUGAUUCUGAAAGCUUUCGGUACUUGGCAGCAUACAAGAACGGUGUUCCCAUGUCGAACAAGCUGAAUUUUGAUCGGAGCUGGAAGCACUCCCGUGACGAAAGCCUUCGACUUAUCAGGCACUUCAAACAAAAUAUCCCGCAUAAGGUCAAAAACACAGUUAGUUUGAAUGGCACCCGACAGCUGAUCGGAGAACUUACAAAGCCCAUCGCAGAGAUAUCGCAGGUUAUCCAAUCCAGCAUAGCACUUGCGGAGGAUAAAAUGCAAGAGCUCAAAGAUGAGAGACUAACCGGAGAUACACUGCGAGGGCGACUACACGUCUUGAAAACACAGACGACAGCCGUUCCAUUAGACAUGCCGCGCACUGUUUGUGGAAACGCAGCUUGUGUAGAGGUCAGAAGUGAUGGCACGGAGGAAGACAAAAGGAUAACAGUCUAUAAAGCGCAUUGCCAUCCUGUCUGCUACCUCUCCGAUGUCCAAGCCGACCAAAUGGCCCAUCCUGGUUUAAUUGGCUGUAUGGCGUUUGGUGGUUCUCAAAUCUGUGUGCAAUACCAACACCACUGGCAAGAGCAUCUCCAUAUCUUAUACGAACUCAGCGAAACAAUUGUAACCGCAAUUGAUAGCACCAUUGAACAGAAACUGGAGAGUCAUGCAAAUGACCUCACACUACGAGAAACUGCGCUGAAACAGCAUGAGCGGCGAUUAUCAGAAUACAAGCAAGAGCGCGAAAUUAUCCGAGAUGCAGCAGCAAAGUUUGGAGUCUUCCUGAAAAAGUAUUCUCUGGCACCAUAUAACGACGCCCUGAUCGCCUAUCUUGACUACCUGAUCAAAGAAGAGCAGAUGAAAGUUCAGGUUGGAGGCAGCAACAAGCGGCUUCUAUCUUUAACCGAAGAGCGACACAAACACACAGAAGCCAUCAAAGUCAUUACGGAAAAUCUCAACUCCAAUGCAAAUUGGGAAACCAUGAGCGAGGGCGCAAUUGAUCGGAUGGUCCAAUCAUUGUAUAAGUUGAAGCACUUUGGCUCUACACUGGAGAAGAUGAGACAUGAUAUCGCCUCUGCUCAUCAGGCUACGUAUCGUGAGAUCCCUUUUACCGUGAAACGCAACCCUGCUAGAACAUUGCGGCGGACUGUGGUAAAAAUUGCAGAACACCCUCGGCAUCAUCCCGUGCCAGCUGCACCCGAGACCAAGAUAUCGCUGAAAGAUUUUAUUCGACGGGCCAUGCCAUUUGAGAUCAUGCUUGCCGUUCAAUGUUCUACUGUUACUACCUUUCUGCAAGAUCAGUUUAGGUAA